CAUUAAGUGGUGUGACAAAAGUUCGUGAUGUAGUACAUACGGAGUUUCAACGUAACUCGUUUCUUCAAAAUCGAGUACUUCAAUAAUGUAUAUCUAUACAUUGUGAUAUAAGUUAUCUUACUUAUCAAGCGUCAUAGAUAGUGCUUAUAGUUCUAUGUGUAUGGAUACAAGCAGGUUGUUAUACAAUACAAUGUUGGUAUAUAUUUAUGCAUAAAAACUGACAGCGCAGUUAGUAUGUCGGAUGGUGAAGACGCUUCGAAGAUAAAGGAACUCUGGGGUCGCAUCGAGGGCUACGAACACGAUCAUGAUGACCCGGACUUCCUGUCCGAACAAACAUUACGCCGCUACUUGAUAGCACGUGACUGGGACGUGUCUGCUGCUGAGAAGCAAUUAAAGGAUACUCUUCAGUGGAGGCGGGAAACCAAACCACAACAUGUCGUCUGCGCGUUCUGCCAGAAAACACCCGGCGGUCAUGCAAUGCGCCAAGUGGGCUUUGACAAGUCUGGUCGGUCCGUGAUUUACUCGUGUUUCGCACAGUGCUGCACUCAACACCAGCCGGUCGACAGCGCGAUUCAGCACCUCGUAUACCUGCUCGAAAACGCCGUGCGGGCCUCCAAGCAUGGCACUUACAGCUUCGUCUGGGUCAUUGACUUUAAAGGUAUGAAGAUAACGUCAUGUAACCCGAGGCUAGCGUUAGCGGUGGAGCACAUUGUCUCAAAUCACUACCCGGAGCGCCUGGGAGCGUGCAUUGUCGUCAACCACGGAAUUCUCUUUCAGACGUUCUGGGUCGCCGUCCGGGGCGUAAUUCACGCGCGUACGGCCGCCAAGCUGCAUAUACAUCGCCACUUCCACAAGGUAGAGGAGGACUUUACCGAACUGUUUCCGGAUGAGCUCAAACGCUGGUUGUUGGAAGAAAUCCGGUUGAACAAGUCCCAUCCUCUUCCGGAUUCGCAAAAGACAUUCUGGAAGGGCAUUUCCGGUUUAGAAGGUCACGAUCCCCGUGGUUGCGACUCGUACAUUCGAGAACACGUCGACAAUUUCCCGAUCAAAGAAUAUUUGGACCAAUGCAAUAGUGUGGCUAAAUCGAAGAUGCAUUUACCGCAUCAAAACAUUUUAGAUGAACUGUUACAAAAACAAAACUCUUAAAAGCUAUUAUGGACUACAGUUAUGGUAAAUUGUCAAACCAUCUCGUUGAAUUCAAAGAGGAGUUUGUUGAAAAACGUCUGUGCUUACUAAGAUCUCCGACGAUUGUAACCAUAAUUUGUGUGCGUUAAAGAACGUUAGAUCUGGAAUUGAUUAAUGUCCAAGGGUGGCUAAAAAGGCUUCGCCGCAACGUUGCGGUGUGGUUAAAACUGGCGCCUUAACUACGGACUCAGUUUCAAAACAGCUCUCAACACUUACCUACUAACUUGCCCGCAAAGGAGUCCAUAUAAUUAUGGCUGCUUACUUCACGCUGCCAUACUCCAACUCUCCUUUCUGCAUAACAUAUUGACCAGAUGGGGAAAAGAAUCGUUUUGGAUUGUUCAAUGGAUAACCUGUUUAUGAUAUAGUUACGUUACUUUAAGUGCGACUGGAUUUAACAAAAAGGGUCCAAUUUUCAUUGUCGAUUACCAUUAUUUCACACAUUAUCAAUCUGUAUUUAUAUAAAAUAUGUUUGUUUUUUUACAGAGAAACAUAUCAGGAUUGUGUAUGAAUUGAAAUAAAUAAGUAAUUGUUUUUUAA